CGCUACAUUCGAAUGGAACGGUCCGGAUGUCUUUGGCGGUAAAAUAAUGUUUUGAUGGAAAGAAAAGGUAGGAAGGAUUAUGAAGCAUGGGGCGUUAGAAUGGUUUCUGGAGUAGAGUGCUUUUGUAAGGUCAGAGUAUUCGUUGCUCCUGAUCUGCCAGCUCUGGAGACGUCGAACUCGUCUGAUUACGAGUAUGACUUUCUUUAUGAAAGGCAGGUGGUCGCUGAUCAUGAGGAGUUUUUGAAAUCAAAAAAGCAUUUAGAUCAGGCAAUACCAACAUCAAUUGGUGAGGUUCCAUCAGUCCAACUAAAUGUGCCACCAGAAGACAACAUCCAGAAAGUAGUGGAGUUAUCGUCUCGUCCUCAUGUCUCCGACUCGCAGUCAUUUUCUUCGUGUGAUUUGCGCCCAUUAUCACUUUCUUCGGCACCUCCACCACCUGCUGCUGCAAGCCAUCUUGUAUCUGGGCAAAUAUUGCUUCCCAGCAUACUGGAUGGAAACCCUAGCCAACCUCCUCCCCCUCGUAUAUCAGAACAAGUGGAACCCCAAGACAGUCAGCACACUGGUCCUAGUUCAGAAUUUAACUGUGCCCCUCGUGCUUCCGCCAGUCCUUCAGCCUGUACAUAUCUGAAAGAUUUUGAUAAUGGAGCUGAUGAUCCAUUUGCAAUGACUGAGCUGAAAACAAUCAAUGAGCUGGAGGAGUUGAAGAAAAUUCUGUGUGAUUCAUUUACUGGUUCUGGUGUGCCAUCAUCAUCAUCAUCAGUAGCAGAUAUGCUAGCAACUAAAGCUACUGCGUCUGCCUGCAAUGAGAAACCUCAUCCGACGAAUGAUUUAGACGCACAGUCUUCCGUAAAUUCAGACAAUUUGAGUUAUUCCUCUUUUUUCAGUUCUGAUAAAACGUUAACAAUUGAUAAAUCUCCUGAAACAAUCUUUGUGCAACCUAAGAGUUACUCUCAAUCUCAUCUCAGAAGUAUUCACUCAAAUACUGAGCUUAAUUCUGGAAAAUAUCUACACGAUGAAGCUAUUUUAAAUGUUACACCCAAUAAUCUUUUAUUAGAGUCUACAAAGUUGAGUCAUAAGAAAACGGAAAUAUCUACAGCAGGCUUAAAUUCAAGUUUCUCACAAAAUGUAAAGCUAAACUCAUUACCUCAACGGCCGCAAUCAUGCAGUGGUGGAGGAAGAAUUUCAGGACAGAGAAGUCUUUUCAAUACAACAAAACAUCAAAAUACAAUCUCUUUUGGUGGAAGUACUGACAUAAGUUCUCACAAUGUGAAACUUGAAGAGAAUCUGCUGUCAUGGGCAACAAGCUCUGGUUUUUCGCAUUCUCAUGCCCGGCGUCUUUUAGAGUUGGGUAUGAAAAAACGAGUAUUUACAUAUAAAAAUCUUGAACAGAAUAAACUGAUUUUAUUAAAUCUCUUGCAUACAUUCAAUUCGCUGUUGACUAAUUUCUCUAGUAGUGGUCAAAGUUCUCAUCGACUUUCUGAAGAAUCAGCUCUUGUAAUCACUUUGACUUUCCCAAAUGAUUUAUCCAAGGCACAACAAUUAGCCCGACUUGUAAUCUAUUUAGAAGAGAAUGGCUUUUCACAAGACAUUAUUUUAUAUUAUAUCCAAAAUCCGCAUUCUAUUGAAAAUGCAGCAUUGGCUAAACUGCUUAACAGCUUAAUACAACGCACUAAUUCUGGUCAUGAAGUGAGCAAUCCAUUAAGUUCAUUUUUUUCUACACCUCAUCAUGAAGUAUGAAAGUCUACAGACGAUAAGUAAGUAAGUAAGUAACUCGUCUGUUGGCACUGUGAUGACAUGACACUACACAAAGAUUAUCUAUCUAUCGGUUUUCUUUAAAAAAAAAAUUCUGCUCAAUUUCAUUUUCAUCAUUGUCAUAUUUCAGCUCAUUAUCUUGAAGGAAGAAAGGAAUGUAUGUAUAUUUAUGUAUAUGUAUAUGUAUUCAUUCCUCAAAUGUAUAGAAUAUAAUUUUAACAGUGAUGAAGGCAAAACAACUUUAUGCCUCGUUUUCAACUCUUCUUGACGUUUUUCUUUUAUUAAACACUCGCUUACCUCAGGUCCAUGUGUAUUUAGAGAGAACAAGAUAAACAAUAAAGUGGGUAAUGCAUAUGUCUUUUUUUAGCUUAUGCGCAUAGUAACAAUAAUCGAUUAAGCCUAAUAUUGACAACAACCUAUGAUCCUUUUUACUUUGUUUUUCAAUUGCCUUAUUGUAUUUUCUGCAAGUUUAUUUAUGUACUGAGAGUAUUUUACAAGAUAAUUAGUCACAUCCUGUUCAUGAUUCAACAAUCCUUUCUAUUUUGUUUUAGUUGACUUACUUAUGUUCUCAUUAUCUCAGAAAAAAUAAAAGUUGUCUCGUGUGGAAAAUGGUGUUUUUGUUUUGUGUUGCUUGUCACUUUUGUUAUCGCCCCCUUCCUCAUAACUAAUUGAACACGUAUAUAUGUAUACUAGAUAGGCGUUCAGUUCAACUUUUUGGUGAGGACGGGAAGUCUUUAUUUGAGAGUUGCGAUUGAUGGCAACACUCACGUCCUGAUGAAGC